AUGCCAGCAGCAACGACAACGGCACCGGCAACAAACCGCGCCCGUGGCAAACAUUGCGAUCACUCAGUCCAAUGCACCACUGAGACAGCCAUGACGGAAGCAAGCAACAACAACAACAAUACUAAUAACAACAACAACAGUACAAGCGACUUCAACGGUCGGCACUCGGCAUCACCAGCCCGCACCAUAGACUCGCACGACUCGACCACAGGGAGCAUGGACACCAUUGUGGAUCGCAGUCUGAAUCGGGAGGAGCUGCUUCAGGUGGCCACCAACAACAUAGAGCGCAGCACGAACACAACAAAUGCCCAGGAGACGGGCAAUGAUAGUCUGACCAAUUCACAGAUAGCGAUGCUACAGCAGCGGGAUCAGAGUGAGCCGGCGGGUGAGUCGGAGGAGAGCGGCCGCCAGGAUGCACAGAGUCACAUCUAUUCGAGUCCCGUGUACGAUCAGAAGCCGCAGCCACUGAAGCUGACAGCAGCCACAUUGCUGGCCAAUGCGCUUGGCGAAGAUGCAGCCAAGCAGAGUCUGGUGGACAAUGUGGUGGACGACAUGAAGAAGCCCAAGCUAAUCACACAUCAGGAGUUCAAACAGCAACUGGAGGAGGCCAUGGCCACGCGCGGUCAGUUACCGGCGGCUGGAGCGGCAAAGAAUGCGGCCAACACAAUCGACUCGCGCAUCAGCAAGAAGCAGCGCUUUCCGCCCGAGUUCAUCAAAUACAAGGAGGGGAGCAGUGGCGAUGAUGGCGCCGGCUCCUCGUUGUCGAUGAAGGGGCGCCGCAAGUAUCGGGCUAGCAACGAGUGCUGUUCUGCGUUCCCCCUGCAAAUUGUGCUCGGCACACUUCAACUGGUCUUGGCCGUCUCGCUGGUGGCGCUCGGCUCGCUGCUGAUCGUGCGCGACGCGGCCUUGUCGAUGGCCGGCUGUGGCAUUUGGACGGGUCUGACGGCAGCCGUUACCGGCUCACUGGGCGUGGUCAGCAUGCGCAAAACACAGACGGCCUUUUUAGCUCUCAGCCUGGUUUGUAUAGCUACCAGCACGCUGGCGUUGGCCAUUUCGGGUGUGGGCCUGUCGCGUGACCUCAAUCGCAUGGCCGAGGAGAAGGCACAGUUCGACCUCAUGAACACCAAUAGCGAAGUUUCGGCCGCAUGUGGUUUAAUAUUCGCCCUGUUUUUACAUUUCGUUGUCAGCAUUGUGUCCGUCUACCGCUGUGCUCUGCAGAUUUGCACCAAAUCUCAGCACAGUGAAUUGCGCGAUGUUAUCAUCAAAUCGAACGCCUCUGGCAUUGCUCUCGAUCAGCAAAAGGUGGAGCAGUAUAUCAAGGCCAUGUCGCUCAGUGGCAGUGAAAAAGAAAACACGGAAAAACUCGCUGCUAUGUGGAUGUAUGCCACGCACAUGGGCAGUCUGCCCCCACCCUCUGUUCGCAAGUUAACGCCCCCUUCACGUCCCAUUAUGCUCAUUCCAGCCUCGGCUGCCGGUAGUGAGCUACUGCCACCACCACCACCGACACGUCUGCCACCGCCGCCCCCGCCAGGUGGAAUGCUGCUGCCCGUACCUGCGCCGCCCCAGUACAGAGGCAUGACUCUGCCCUACGUAAGGCCUGGUUCUGUGCUUUAUGCCCAUCCCGCCAGUCUAAGCGGCACGUAUCGGACCCACAAGAGCACCAAGUCAGCGGAGUUAAAUGGCCAGCGACGACGUCGUCGAGCCGGCAAGUCGGACGCCAAUCGUCGACAGCGCCGUAAAUCCGAAGCCGAUAUGCUAGACGGCACCCCCAAUUUUCAAUAUACCGGCUUGGAUCGCGCCAUAGCCGACAGUUUCCUGGCCCGUCAAGAGCAGUCUCAGGCGGGCAGUCAUAUUGAUUACUCCUCGUCUACGUCCUCGGCGACAAGUGAAGCGUUCGGCCAUCAGCCGGCGCUAGCAUCGGCGUCUGCCUCGCGGGCUUCGUCCAAGACAAAAAUCGUAUGCCGGGAUGUGGUGAUGUGA